UGUCCUUUCGAGAUGUAAUUUCGUGUGUAAAGAAGCCAGACGCCCUCUCCCCCUCCCUUUCCCAACUCACCCAGUUGACCCAACUCUUCCUCUUCCCCUUCCCCGGCCUAGUAACCGGUCCCAUCCCCUCCCAACUCGCCCGACUCACCACCCUCCGAGUCAUCUCCUUAAUCAACAACCGCCUCACCGGUCCCAUACCCACUUCUCUCUCUGCUCUAACAAACCUGCACACCCUCGACCUGAGCUACAACCAACUCACCGGGUCAAUCCCUUGAGCCACUGCUACAUCAGAUCUGCUUAUUUCUCUUGUGCAGAGCCAUUUCUACAAGAGUACAUCAGGUCUGCUUUUCUUCCUCAGGAAAUGGGUACGACUGCUAAGUCUAGAAAUUCUAUUGCUUUCUUCUUCAAUCAUUUGCUUAUCGAUCCACGUUAUUCUCAUGUAAGGCUUUCUUUCCAUGCUCAAAAGUUCUAUUAUUACCGCUGUUUUAGUGCGACUUCUGCUAAAACUGCCAAUAGUGAUAGAGGUAAUGUUGAAAGCCCCAACCAGUUCUUGAAAUCUGUGAGAGAUCGAUGCAGAUCUCGAAGCUUUAGGAAUCUUGAUGAUGCCUUAGGCCUGUUUGAUAGAAUGCUUCACAUGCACCCUUUGCCUUCCGUCGUGGAUUUUAAUCGAUUGCUGACUGCAAUUGCAAGAAUGAAGCAUCACUCAACCGUGAUUUCUUUGAUUAAAGAAAUGGAACUGCUAGGAAUUGCUCCAGAUGUUUAUACUCUGGGCAUUCUGAUUAAUUGCUUCUGCCAUUUGAACCGGGUGGAUUUCGGCUUCUCUAUUUUAGCCAGAAUUUUCAAACUUGGUUUUCAACCAAACUGUACAAUUCUUAAUAUUCUUGUCAAGGGACUCUGUCUUCAAGGUAAAAUUGUUGAAGCUGUGAAGUUGGCUAACAAAAUGGAGAAAAUAGGCUACAAACCUGAUAUAUUUACCUACGGAACGAUAGUGAAUUGCUUGUGUAAAAUAGGUAAGACCAGUGAAGCUAUUGUGUUGCUUAGGAGGAUGGAAGAAGGAAGUCUUGAACUUGGUGUAGUGCUGUAUAGCACAAUCAUUGAUAGUUUAUGUAAGGAGAGAUCAGUAACUGAGGCUUUGAAUUUUUUGUCUGAAAUGACAAGUAAAGGAAUUCAACCAAACAUUUUCACUUACAGUUCUUUAAUUCAAGGCCUAUGCAAUUUUGGCCGGUGGAAGGAGACAACUACUCUAUGGAAGGAGAUGGUUGAAAGGAAAAUCAUGCCAAAUGUAAAUACAUUCAACAUAUUAGUGGACACAUUUGGCAAAGAAGGGAGGUUGAAAGAAGCAAAAGAAGUUUUUGAUGUGAUGAUUCAGACUGGCAUAGAGCCUGAUACAAUCACUUACAAUUCUUUGAUUGAUGGUUACUGUUUGCAAAAUAAAAUGGAUGAAGCUGUCAAAGCAUUUAAUACGAUGGUUCGAAAGGGUUGUUCGCCUUCUAUUUUUAGCUAUAACAUAUUGAUCCAUGGAUAUUGUAAAAAUAGAAGAAUUGAUGAGGCAAUGAGUCUCUUCCAUGAAAUGACUAACAAUGGCUUGAUUCCCAAUGUUGUCACUUACACCACUCUUAUAGGCGGGUUUUGCCGAGUUGGGAGACUUAAGAAUGCACUAGAGCUACUUCAUGAGAUGCAAGUUUGUGGGCAACCUCCUGAUUGCCAAACUUAUACUAUUUUGUUAUAUGGCUUGUGUAAGAAUCUACACUUUCAAGAGGCGAUGACAUUGUUUCAUGAGAUGGAAGACAAAAAGUUAGACCUUAAUAGUGCGAUUUACAACAUCUUGAUUGAUGGUAUGUGUAAUGCUAGGCAACUUACGACUGCAAAAGAACUCUUUAAUACUCUUCCUUCCAAAGGUUUGCAACCUAAUGUUCAAACUUAUACUAUAAUGAUCAAAGGGCUUUGCAAAGAGGGACUACUAAUUGAAGCAAGUGAGCUAUUUGAGAAAAUGAAGGAAAAUGGUUGUUCACCUGACCAUUUCACAUAUAACACAAUCAUCCAAGGCUUCUUGCAACAUAAUGAGACAUCAUGUGUAGUGAAAUAUAUCAAGAUGAUGGUUGACAAAGGUUUCUCGGCAAAUGCGACCACUGCGACUAUUUUGAUCAACUUGUUGUCUAAUAAUCAAGCAGAUAAAACAUUACAAGAAUUUUUUCAAAAAUCUGUGUGAAAGCUUUCUAGUUCUUCAACAUGCAAGAUAAAAUUUCAUAUUCCAAUCUUUACGGUGCCAAUCUGUAAGGUACAAACAUAUUUGUUGCAAGUCAUUAUGGUAAUAGUUUCCUUCAUAUCUUUUGGACUAGUGUUGUGCAUUGCUAUUUCUAUUUUGUUAUAUUUUCUUACAAUUAUCUGUA